GCAAAGCCCACGAAAGUUCUCCGCCCGAGCGCUAUAAAAAUCGAAGUCGAUCGAGUUGAGUCAAGUAGUCGAUACAUCCAAACCGUACUAAAAUGUUCAACAAAUCAAUCGUCGUGGCCCUCAUUGUGUGCGCCUGCUACCUGGGCACUAUUGAUGCUCGUCCUGGUGGCCUCGAUUUGAUCGGUGGUGGACCAUUGGGAGCAGUUGGUCCUCUAGCUACGGGAGCUCUCGGUGGAGCUACCGGUGGACUUAGUGGUGGACUUGCCAAUGGCGCCAUUGGAUCCGUAGUUCCCUCGUUGACUGGCGGCCAGCACGGAGUUUUGGAGCCAGUUUCAGGACUUACCGGCUAAAACCUCGCUAUCCUUUAGGAAACUUUUUGUCAAGAUUAAAAAUGUUUGAAAGCGUAUUAAAUUUAGAAUAAUUUGUCAAAUUUCAAUUGAAAAUAAAGUAACAUUUUGAGCAUU